UACGAAGUAAUAACAUGUCCUGGUCACAACUGUCUUUUGUUUAUGCAUGCAUUCAUUGAAUUUCUUAAAUUACAGAAAAUAAGGUAUUUAAAUAAAAAUGGCUACAAAUUCCUGGGCUAAUGGCUUGGUAAAAACUUUAAAGGAUCCCACAACCCAUAUUAUAUCGUCUAAUUUAGCUGCUGUUAUUCAAGACAAAUAUGCCAAAGCAAAACACCACUACUUGGUAUUGCCAUUCGAAGACAUACCCUCAAUAUUUAAUCUCACCAGCCAACAUAUUUCUCUUCUGCAAGAAAUGCAUUUAUUGGCUCUAAAUGUAAUUGAAGUGAAGGGCCAAACACAGGAUAAUUUUCUUAUUGGUUUCCACAAUCAACCCAGUAUGCAGCGUUUACAUUUACAUGUAAUAUCAAAAGAUUUUGUAUCAGAUUGUUUGAAAACAAAGAAACAUUGGAAUAGCUUUAAUACGGCCUUAUUUUUAAAUUACGAUGAUUUAAUAGUACAAUUGAAUGAAAAUAACAAAGUAAAACGUUUGGAUAGUGUCACAAUUAAGGAACUCAGUAAUGAAGAUUUGAAAUGCAAUCAGUGUACAUAUGUAGCGAAGAAUAUGCCCAGUUUGAAACAACAUUUGUUGGAACACUAUGAAAAAAAAAAAAAAAAAACAAUAAAUAGAGAAUAAGUAAAGCAUUGUAUAUUGAGUAAUGAAGCCCCAAUUUGUUUCAAUUCCUAAUGUGUGUCUAAGACUUCAUCGUUCCAAGCAAUGUAGAUUAUCAUUUGACUUCUCUUAUCAUUCAUUUUUGUUUUGCAUACCUCGGACAACGUUCUCCCGAGUUAUCUUUAAAAAUUAACACAUUCACGUGAUAAUCAUAUCACAUGCAUUUUGUUAAUUAAAGUUAGUCAGCUGCUUUUUCUAAAAAGUGUUUUUAAUUUAAAAUUUUUACCGCUUUGACAAAUUUUUAAUCCCAAUUUUUGACCAAUUACAAUAACCAUUUUUCCAAUGUAGUUUUUACAGAGAACCUUUAUUACAUAAGACAUCUAUAAUACAUGAACUGAAGAAACAAAAAAUUUGUUUUCAUUCUGAUUGUUUAACACAAAAUUAUGCACAGAAAAAUAGUAUUAAGUGAAUUUCACUUGUUUUGCAAGCCUAUAAGCCGCCUAUUAAAUUGGUAAUAUUGAUUUGUGUGUGUUACUUAUGAGUUUUUUUUCUCUUUCAUAUUUUAUUAUUAUUAAUAAUGGUUAUUUUUUAAAGACAACAACAACAAUAAUACAUACUUUUUUCUUUAUCUAAAUAUUAAUUGAAACUAAAGAAAAUACACACUUUUUGUAAAAAGAAUGAUUGGGGGUCUUUUCUUAAACUUAAAGCCAAACUUUUAGGGGGGAAGUAUGUAGCUUUUAUACGAUGGAAUUCUUUUUUUUUUAGUUAGUCAUGUCUUCAAAUUUCAAAGAAUGACAGAAAAACAAAUUAAAAUUAAAAUGAAAACAAAAA